GACGAGAACUCAUUGAGCGACGAGCAACGAAUUUAAGAGCAUCGUUCAAAUGUAGGCAAUAUCGAUGUAAACGCUUGAAACGGCAAAUUGCUCGUAUGGAAGGCGACAGGGAGAAAACCCCUACACCUAGUAGCGACGAGCAACAAGGCGAGAUUAUCAAUUCUUUGUCGACUUGUACCAGUGACGAAGCAACAUUCGACGGUUCGUCAUCUUCGACAGAUUCUUUAUCCUCGAACUCUAUACCUGACAAUCUUGAUCACCACGCAGAGAUGGACAAAAAUGAUGUCAUUUGCCCUAAGUGUAAUUCAAAGCUUAAUCCAAAAGAACAUAAAUUCUGUUUUGGGUGUGGGAAACCAAUAGAAGAAAUUAUUUCAACUCUUGGUAGUAAGCAAGUUUUAGAUGUUUUUUGCCCUAAUUGUGAUACAAAGCUUAAACCAAAAGAACAUAAAUUCUGUUUUGGGUGUGGGAAAUCAAUAGAAGAAAUUAUUUCAACUCUUGAUAGUAAGGAAGAUGCCAUUUCGUCUGACGACCAUGUUGCAGUGUGUGGUGAUUCAGAAUUGACAUUAACCCGUGUGGCUGUAGUGUUAAGUGAUGUUAUUGAAGUAAAACAACCAAUUGUUUUGGCCGAAAUUGUUGUGGAACAAGGAUCCCAACAGUUUACAUCGUGUAAAAAUAAUGGUGCUCAAAGUGGAACGAUCCCAAUUGCAAGUGGUGUUGAGCAGGAUCUUUCAGACACCCAUAAUGUUCGCAGUACUUCUGAGGAAAGUGUAGAUCAUGCGAUUGUGGUCGCUAGUGAAAAUCAGGAAGUUAAACAAUUCGUGGAGACCCUCCAUGCAGAAACACUGGUAGAAGAUGUGCAAAAGUCCUUAGUUGCUGACACGGUUAGUGGUAGGAAUGCAACUGGUACAACAAAUCCUGAACGUACAGCUUUACCAGGAAUGCCGACAAAAAGUGUGCAACUGUCACCUUCUCAGAAUAAUUUCACUGCUCAUCAAAUCUUUAAUGUAGCAGAAAGCAAAAGCACCGAAAGAAAUGAUAAAACUGUUUCUAAGUUUGCUGUUGCACAAGAGAUACAAACAGAUAGCAUGGCACUGUCGUCUGAAUCGCCAGCUAUUAUGGCUGUUGGCAAUGAAGCUUCUAAUGCAAAUGUUGAUGUACGUGAUAAAACCGACCCUAAGCAGUUCAUUGCUCCAGUGAGGCAGAAAGAAGGCGAACAGCAGUUGUCUACUUUUCCAGAGAAUUUAAGCGUUCACGAUCAUGAUAUUGAUGUAGAGGGUAAUGAAGGUGAUAAGACGCACUCUGAGAAGACAUUUGAGCCAGGGAUACAGACAAAAAGCAUACAACGGUCUUCUGCCUCCUCUGGUGAAACAAACCCUCAACAGAUAGUUGGACAAGGGAUUCAGAGGGAUAGAAAGCAACAGUCACCUGCCUCUUCAAGAAUCUCGACUAUUGACAAUAAAUGUAUACAUGUAGAAGUUGAAGUAAGUGGUGAUACAGAUCCUAAACGUGCAGUACUACCAGAGAUAGUGACAGGAAACUCAAUUAAAUCUUCUGCUACUGAAGAAAAUUUGACCGAAAUAAAAUACGUUGAGCAACGUACACAGGAACAUGACAAACAAUCGAAAGAGAAGAAUGUUGGCAAAGAAAUGGACGAGGGCAGUGAGAAGACUGGAGACAAAAAACCCAGAGUGAAAACUUCAGAAAAUGAAAAGAGUUCAAAAGAAAAGGGCAACGAAGAUAAUCAAAUUAGCCAGAGACACAAAAAUGAAAAAGGUGACGAGUCUGAAAACGCUGACGACAGCGAUAAGACUGGAGACAAAAAACCCGAGGGGAAAACUUCCGGAAGUGGAAAGAGUUUAAAAGAAAAGGGCAACGAAGAUAAAUUUCAGGGAAGUCAAAUUAGCCAGAAAAACAAAAAUGAAAAAGGUAAUGGGACUUCUACCGGGGCACAAGACAUAUUACUAAAUCCAGGACAAGACGAAAGGGUUCAGGAAGAAGAUCCUAAAAAGAAAAAGACUCUUUUGAAUAUGUCUCAGAAGGAAUUUCAAGAUCCUUUAUCAAGGGCAAAGGAAUCAGCAAAACCUGCUGUUGAGGGAAACGGCUACUUUUAUCAAAAACAACCACUUCCCCAAAACCAAACUACAGGGAAGAAAAAUAAGAAAAACGCCAAGAAUUCCACUCAAACCACUGUUCCUAUGGUCACGAAGGAGAAAACUCUAACCGUUGUUUUUCAUGCAGCAUUAUCUGAUAAAUUCGACUGUGAUGGCGACACGAAGAUUGUAAUCCGUGGAGAAGAACCGGGGUUUGGCGGUUGGAAUGAGCUUGGUGUGCCUAUCAGUACAGUAGGAUAUAUUAACAAACAGUUGCUGUUACAAGGCGAGCUCAAGUUUCCACUUCGGCUCGCAGAUCGCGCAUUUGGAUACAAAUAUUUAUUGCUGGAUAAGAAGGGUGAAGGUACCUACGAAGAGUUAGUCGAAUUCACAUGGUUUGGCAUUACCAACCGAUGCCUUGUUAUUGGCAAAAAAUAUGCUGCAGAGAACAGCAGUGUAAAGGAGUAA